AUGCUUCGUGCUUAUUCGAUACAGGAGUUUAGGCUAUUGCUUGAGGAGCUUAAAGAGCUGGAGCUGAUCCUGGACCUGGAGCUGGAGCUGAUCCUGGACCUGGAGCUGAACCUGGAGCUGAACCUGGAGCUGGAGCUGGAGGAGCAGGACCUGGAGCUGAUUUUGGGUCUGGACCUGGAGCUGAUCCUGGACCUGGAGCUGAUUCUGGACCUGGAGCUGGACCUGGAGCUGAUUCUGGACCUGGAGCUGGACCUGGAGCUGGAGCUGGAGGAGCAGUACCUGGAGCUGAUUCUGGACCUGGAGCUGAUUCUGGACCUGGAGCUGGACCUGGAGCUGGAGGAGCAGGACCUGGAGCUGAACCUGGAGCUGGAGGAGCAGGACCUGGAGCUGAACCUGGAGCUGGAGCUGGAGCUGAUCCUGGACCUGGAGCUGGAGCUGGAGGAGCAGGACCUGGAGCUGAUUUUGGAUUUGCAGCUGGACCUGGAGCUGAUCCUGGAGCUGGAGCUGGAGGAGCAGAACCUGGAGCUGAUUUUGGAUCUGGAGCUGAUCCUGGAUUUGCAGCUGGACCUGGAGCUGAUCCUGGAGCUGGAGCUGGAGGAGCAGAACCUGGAGCUGGAGCUGGAGCUGAUUCUGGAUCUGAUUCUGGAUCUGAUUCUGGAUCUGACUCUGAAUCUGAUUCCUGAUCUGACUCUGGAUCUGAUUCUGGAUCCGAUUCUGGAGCUGAACCUGGAGCUGGAGCUAAACCUGGAGGAGUUGCAGGAGUUGAAGGAGUAUCUGGAGUAG